CUGAGGAGGUCACAGCUGCGGGGCCGAGAGUGAGCCAGCCAAGGGGAGCCAGGACAGCGGAGCAGCGCCGGGCAGCCCGAGCCGCGCGCAGCGAGCGCCAGCCGCCGCCGCCGCUCACACCCACCGCGGGCCCCGCGGCUUCUGCCACCUUCCACUACUUCCCAGCGUCUCUGUCCCGCCGGCUGGCCGGCCAGCUCGCCCCACUCACUGCCCGUGCGGAGCCCCGAGAUCACCAGUUCGCUCCUCCGCUCCCUUGGGCCACGCACCGUCUCUACACCCUCCUACUCCUUCCCCGGCGGGCGCCUGGUACCGGGGACCGUUGCCUGACGCGCGAGGCCCAGCUCCACUCUUCGCCCCGCGUCUCCUCCUCCUUCAGCUCUCCUCCCUCAACUCCUACUCCAACUCCCUCGCCCUCUAGCUCCACUCGCAAGACCCUGACUCCGCGCCUUUCGGCCUGCGCCCGCCAAUUUCCAUCCUGUCCCGAAGGUGGGAGCGCGUCCGUCCGGCCCGCAUAAUGGCACGGUUCGGCCUCCCCGCGCUUCUCUGCACCCUGGCCGUGUUCAGCGCCGCGCCGCUGGCAGCCGAGCUCAAGUCGAAAAGUUGCUCGGAAGUGCGACGUCUCUACGUGUCAAAAGGCUUCAACAAGAACGAUGCCCCCACGCAUGAGAUCAACGGUGAUCAUUUGAAGAUCUGUCCCCAGGGUUAUACUUGCUGCUCUCAAGAGAUGGAGGAGAAGUACAGCCUGCAAAGUAAAGAUGAGUUCAAAAGUGUGGUCAGCAAACAGUGCAAUCAUUUGCAAGCCAUCUUUGCUUCCCGUUACAGGAAGUUUGAUGAAUUCUUUAAAGAACUACUUGAAAAUGCAGAGAAAUCCUUGAAUGACAUGUUUGUGAAGACAUAUGGCCACUUAUACAUGCAAAAUUCUGAACUAUUUAAAGAUCUCUUCGAAGAGUUGAAGCGCUACUAUGUGGUGGGAAAUGUGAACCUUGAAGAAAUGCUAAAUGAUUUCUGGUCUCGCCUUCUGGAGCGGAUGUUCCGCCUGGUGAACUCCCAGUACCACUUCACAGAUGAGUAUCUGGAAUGUGUGAGCAAGUAUACCGAGCAGCUGAAGCCCUUUGGAGAUGUUCCUCGGAAAUUGAAACUACAGAUUACCCGUGCAUUUGUGGCAGCCCGUACUUUUGCUCAAGGCUUAGCAGUUGCAAGAGAUAUAGUAAGCAAAGUCUCUGUGGUAAAUCCUACAGCCCAGUGUACCCACGCCUUGUUGAAGAUGAUUUACUGCUCCCACUGCCAGGGUCUAGUGACUGUGAAGCCAUGUUACAACUACUGCUCGAACAUCAUGAGAGGCUGUUUGGCUAACCAAGGAGAUCUUGAUUCUGAGUGGAACAAUUUCAUAGAUGCUAUGCUGAUGGUGGCAGAGAGGCUAGAGGGCCCUUUCAACAUUGAAUCGGUCAUGGAUCCCAUCGAUGUGAAGAUUUCUGAUGCUAUUAUGAACAUGCAGGACAAUAGUGUGCAAGUGUCUCAGAAGGUUUUUCAGGGAUGUGGACCCCCCAAGCCUCUCCCAGCUGGACGAAUUUCCCGCUCUAUCUCUGAAAGUGCCUUUAGUGCUCGCUUCAGACCCUAUCACCCCGAGGAACGCCCAACCACAGCAGCUGGCACUAGUUUGGACCAACUGGUUACUGAUGUCAAGGAGAAACUAAAACAGGCCAAGAAGUUCUGGUCUUCUCUUCCUAGCAAUGUUUGCAAUGAUGACAGGAUGGCUGCAGGAAAUGGUAACGAGGAUGACUGCUGGAAUGGAAAAGGCAAAAGCAGGUACCUGUUCGCAGUGACAGGAAAUGGAUUAGCCAAUCAGGUCAGUAAUCCGGAGGUCCAGGUUGAUACCAGCAAACCGGACUUACUGAUCCUUCGUCAGAUCAUGGCUCUUCGGGUUAUGACCAGUAAAAUGAAGAAUGCUUACAAUGGGAACGAUGUGGACUUCUUUGAUAUCAGUGAUGAAAGCAGUGGAGAAGAAAGUGGAAGUGGAUGUGAGUAUCAGCAGUGCCCUUCGGAGCUUGAGUAUAACACAACUGACCACUCUGGGAGGAAUGCCAAUGAUAAAGCCAGCCGUGCUGGUGCCCGUGUUGUGGCACAACCCUACCUCCUUACUGUCUUCUGCAUCUUGUUUCUGGUUAUGCAGAGAGAGUGGAGAUAAUUCUCAAUCAUAGAGAAAAUGUGUUCAUCAUCAAAAAGUUAAGAAGCACCGGUUAUCACUUUUAUACCAUCCUAGUGACUUUGCCUUUUAAAUGAAUGGACAACGAUGUACAGUUUUUACUAUGUGGCCACUAGUUUAAAAAAUUCUGACCUUGUUUUUUUCAUUCAGUUUGGCAGGAAAAAGGGACUUGUACAUAAAGUAAGUUCCUGCUUCCCCAGAAUCAUGUUAAACGUGGCUAUCGGUGUAGGUACAGAACUGUAGUUAGCUGUGCAUUGUGAUUUUAUCACUGUUUGUUUUUGUUUGUGGGUUUUUUUUUUUCCAUUCAAUUAUGAUCUCACCUUGUUUCUUAACAAGAAAACCAGGGUCCUUUCUUGGCAUGUAACAUGUACGUAUUUCUGAAAUAUUAAAUAGCUGUACAGAA